AUGUCUUUGGUGGAUUUGGGGAAAAAGUUGCUGGAGGCAGCUCGUUCAGGACAAGACGAUGAGGUUCGCAUUCUGAUGGCCAACGGAGCGCCGUUCACCACAGACUGGUUGGGCACGUCUCCCCUGCACCUGUCGGCUCAGUAUGGCCAUUACUCCACCACAGAAGUGUUGUUAAGGGCAGGUGUCAGUCGGGAUGCGAGGACCAAAGUGGACAGGACCCCCCUACACAUGGCCGCCUCAGAAGGCCACGCCCGCAUUGUGGAGGUGCUGCUGAAGCACGGGGCUGACGUCAACGCUAAGGACAUGCUGAAAAUGACUGCUCUCCACUGGGCCACAGAGCACAGCCACAGAGACGUAGUGGAACUGCUCAUUAAGUAUGGAGCUGACGUCCAUGCCCAGAGCAAGUUCUGCAAAAAUGCUUUGGAUAUUGCACUCGACAACGGCAAUGAAGAACUCGCUGAAAUACUUCAGGUGUCCAUGCAAAACCAAAUAAACACAAACCCAGAGAGCCCAGACACAGUGACCAUUCACGCAGCGUCUCCACAGUUUAUUAUCGGUCCAGGGGGCGUGGUCAAUCUCGCUGGGCUGGUGUCCCCCGGCCACACAGGCAAAUCAGCCGGUAUGUUUACACAUGCAUUUAUCUUGGUUUUUUGCUUGGCAGACAGAAGGAUUGGAGUAAUCAAUUUGUUCUCAUGUUUUUGUCUUUUUCUGGCCCCAGUGUUGGCAGCAGAAGAGGUGGUGACCGCAGAUUCAGUGGACGGAGCCAUUCAGCAGGUGGUCAGCUCAGGUGGGCAGCAGGUCAUCACCAUAGUAACAGAUGGCAUUCAGCUUGGCAGUCUGCAGACAGGUGGCGGAAUCGCUCAGCCGAUCAUUGUGACCAUGCCAGACGGACAGCAAGUGUUAACUGUCCCAGCGACAGACGUAGCUGAGGAGACGGUGAUCAGUGAGGAGCCCUCAGUCAAGCGACAGCGCAUCGAAAUCGUGGAAAAUCACGUGGAGAAUAAAGAAAUUGAGGCAAGAACCUGA